CCACACACACACACUGGUCGAAUUCUAAAUGUCUCUCUGCUUCUUAUACAAAAUGCUGUAAAUGGUGUAAGGGCUAAUAAUAAUAGUUUUUAUACAGGCGAAGAAUCUACUUAAAGAAUUUUAACACACGCUAUGUAGUGCACUUUGAGUCCAUUUUCUGAAAAAAGCCAUUUUGAAUGGAACCAUUAUCCGGCACUGAUGGACUUUGUACGCGAGUUGAUCCCAGUCUCUGCAAACAUUGUUCUGUUGCUCUCAGCUCUGCCUGCUGCUUUUCACCUGUUCAGGGACCACCGAGCUCCAUCAGUAGGUUUUUUCCUCAUCGCAUUCUCUUCAUUUCUGGCUAUUAUCCCUCUGCCCCCAGCUCUAUUUCAGGUCCAGAGAGAUCUAGAAUGGGCAGGUGAGAUCAUCGGUCCUUCCCUGUCUGCCUUCGGCUUUUUAUGGCUCAGUGAAGAUCAUUGGACUGCCCAUGUACUCCUGAUUGGUUCUUCGCUUCUUCCGAUGCUCUCCAAUUGGCUCUCGGAGGACUGCUUGAUGAUCAUGACACGCUGUGUGUCCUUGUCAGCUCUCUCGUGUGCUCUGACAGUGUGUCUGUUUGCUGCCAGUGGGACUGGUGUGGUGGGCAGCAUAGCCCUCAGCCUUCCAGCUCUUGUUGCCCCCAAGGUCAGAGUCAGCAGCCUGGCCUCUCUGAUAUCUUCACAGGGAACCGGAGGGCUGUUGGGGUGGAGUCUGAAAGUCUCCAUGGCUGUAGGGUGCUGGACAACUAAGACAGCUUUAGACACAUUUCUUCAUGAUCUAAAGGGCUGGGACUGAACCCUUUGAGUUACCACAACUAGUGAAAUGCUACUUGAAGCUCAUCAAAUGAUUUUGUUUUCCUUCUCCAUAGUCUGGUGCUAUCGCUGAAUACCUCAUAGGACAUGGUGUGUUUACUAGCUGGCAGUAACAACAGUGACCAGAGACUCAAACACAGCCAAAUGUACAUAAAGCAAACUUUGUCAGAUAGUAUAAAAUAUAACAGAUAUAACAAACAUGCACUAAAAGAAACUGUUGCUUAAGGAAGCAGCAUUUGUUUACCUGCUACAUCUCAUUUCUCCAUAUCAGCCAUGAUAAUAAAUAUGAGCAUGUCAACUCAGGCUGAGGAUGGAUUAUCACCUUCAAAUUCUCACAUUAUUCAAACUUAAAUCUGAGUCUGCUUAACAUGUGUGUCUGAACUCAUGGUGUCUAAAUAAUUGCAUAUGAUGGCAUGAAUUUACUACUUUUCUAAUUAAACAUUUUUUCAAAAAGUAAUGUUACAUAUAGAGCAACAAUUUCCAACAAUCACUAUUUUUCUAUGGCAGAAUCACAAAUUGUGUUCUGUUGCACAUUCACUGAUUGGCUUUUGCAUGACAGUGUACCCUAUACCUGAGCAGAAAUAGUGUUCGCAGUGUACUGCUGUUUGGGAUUGUGCCUAGAUAGCAGAAUGCCCUAUAUAGGAUUAUAUCCUGUAUGCUGUAGCUCAGCAACUUCCACCAGCAGAAUAAAUCAGCUGAUCUUCAUCUGUCAUUCACUAACCACCAAACACAAGAACAAUAAUACUCUUCAGCAAGAAAUCACUAAACCCUCAUCAGUCAUGAAUCCUUUUUCCUUAGAUAUUAUAAUACCCAGUGGUUUGGUGGUCAGAAUGUUUACUUCACACCUCCAGGGUUGGGGGUUUGUUUUCCUCCUCUGUAUGUGAGGAGUUUGCAUGCUCUAGGUUUCCUCCAGGUACUCAAGUUUUCUCUCCAACUCCAAAGACAUGCACUGUAGGCUGAUUGGCAUCUUUAAAUUGUUUAUAGUGGGCAAGUGUGUGUGAUCAAACACUGCAGUAGACUAGCUUUCUGUCCAGGCUGUACCCUGCCCGAGUCUCCUGGGAUAGACUUCAGGUUCCCUGUGACCCAGUAGGAUAAGCGGCGUAGAGAAUAAUCUAAUAUUCUCACACUCUUUUGCUCCUGGUUGGUUAAACAUCCUGUCUAUCACUCUUAUUGUUACAGGAUUGUUAUUAGAAUGUGUUUUAGUAUAAAACAGCUUUAAGUAAAAAAAAAAAGCUGUAGAAUUGUUGAUGUUGAUGUUAAAGCUGCUAAUGUUAACAACCUUGAGGAAUUUGUAACAUUUUUUUAUUAAACUUUCGAAUAAAUAAAGUAUUUAUCUCCGUUA